AGUUCGAAGCGGGGCGGGUGUGUGAAAGCCAGCGUGGCAAUGGCAGGUAAGGCAAUCAUGUGCAGAGUUGAUAAGAAACCCUGCAGUGCAAUCCCAAAUUCCCAAUAUCCUAUCCAUCAACUCAACAACACCCAGCCUUGAAACCCAAACCAAGCUCUCUUCUCAAACAUCUAAUCUUUUGCAAUGGAGGCUCUUCCUAGCUUUGCACGAGUUGGGUCCGUCUCUGUUGUUGACUUCUCUUUACCAUCCCUCAAGACUCGAGCUUUCCCAAAUUGCAUCAGAAAACAAAGCCUGGGGAUCACACGAGCCUCUGUCGCAGUUGAGACUCAGAAUCCCAAAGUGGCUCUAAUCAAAAUUGGCACCAGAGGAAGCCCACUAGCACUUGCUCAAGCUUAUCAGACAAAAGACAAGCUCGUUGCAUCGCAUCCCCAGCUAGCUGAAGAGGGGGCAAUUGAAAUCGUCAUUAUCAAAACUACUGGUGAUAAAAUACUAAGCCAACCCCUUGCAGACAUAGGCGGGAAGGGACUGUUCACUAAGGAAAUCGAUGAAGCUUUGAUAAAUGGUGAUAUUGACAUUGCGGUACACUCGAUGAAAGAUGUACCUACUUAUUUACCAGACAAGACAAUUUUGCCCUGUAACCUUCCCCGUGAGGAUGUUCGUGAUGCAUUUAUAUGCUUAACCGCAUCCUCACUGGCAGAACUGCCAGCUGGGAGUGUUAUUGGUACUGCAUCGCUUAGAAGAAAGUCGCAGAUACUCCAUAGAUAUCCCUCCCUCAAAGUGGAGGAGAACUUUAGGGGUAAUGUCCAGACUAGAUUGAAAAAGCUUAAUGAGAAGGUAGUCCAGGCUACCUUAUUGGCAUUAGCUGGGCUCAAACGCCUAAAUAUGACAGAGAAUGUAACUUCCAUUCUCUCACUAGAUGAAAUGCUUCCCGCUGUUGCCCAAGGGGCAAUUGGAAUUGCCUGCCGAAGCAAUGAUGAUAAAAUGGCUGAGUACAUAGAUAAACUGAAUCAUGAAGAAACAAGACUAGCAGUUGCAUGUGAGAGGGCAUUUCUUUUGACCCUGGAUGGGUCUUGCCGAACUCCUAUUGCUGGAUAUGCCAGCAAAGAUGCUGAUGGUAACUGCAUAUUUAAAGGCUUGGUAGCUUCCCCUGAUGGAACCCGCGUACUUGAGACGUCUAGGAAAGGCCCAUACGCUUAUGAAGAGAUGAUGGAGAUGGGUAAGGAUGCAGGGCAGGAACUUCUUAAACUGGCAGGUCCUGGUUUCUUUGGUUGUUAAAGCGAAGAGGACUGACAAUUUAUAGUAGGGAAAAGAAAGCAGUGGAAACCUACAGUUUCUCCUCCUCUGCAUCCAAUUUUAGCAGUAGGGUUUCUUUAUCUUUGGAUUAGUAUUUUUUUUAAUUUUUUUUUGUUGCUAGAUGGCUGUUUUUGAACAAGGAUGAUUGUUUCAGUGAUGUUGUAUAUUAAAAUUUAGAAGAGAAGUCAGUCACUCAAUAGGCAUAGGGAAAAUUUUGAUGGUGUAAUCUGACUAUCUGAGUUCAUUAAUGGAGAAAUUUUGCAAUUUC